CGCGCAUGCGCCGGGCCGCGGCGGGAACUCGGAGGGGCCGGGCGCGGGAGCAGCAGCGAGCGGCCGACAUCAUCCGCCUCCUAACGCUCUACCGGCCCCUGCUCGAUGCCUACAUCAUCGACUUCUUCACCGAGGGGCUGUGGGCGCAGCUCCCCCCGCCCUGGCAGGCCGCCCUGGCCACCGCCGCCCCCCUGCAGCUGGCUGGGCUCCUGGGGGGCCUGGGGGGGCCGGGGGCCGCCUGGCCCCUCUCCCUCCUGGCCUUUGCCGCUGCCACCCGUGCCCUCGCCUUCCCCCGCGGGUGCCCAGGGGGGUCCCCACGCCCCCCCUGCCAGAGCACCCGCCUGCACCCCCUGCUCCGCCGCCACGUCAAGCCCAAAAAGCAGCAUGAGAUCCGGCGCCUGGGGAAGCUGCUGCAGCGGCUGACCCAGGCCACCGGCUGUGACCGCGUGGUAGACGUCGGAGCGGGGCAGGGCCACCUCUCACGCUUCCUGGCCUUUGGCCUUGGCUUAUCUGUCACGGCAGUGGAGGGCGACGGCCGCCUGGCCGGCAUGGCGGAGCGCUUCGACCAGGAGCUGCUGCGGGAGCUGGGGAAAACGGGGGUGCCAGGAAACAAGGGGCUGCCCCGGUGCCACCAAACCGCCCCCUGCCACAGCCCUCCAUCUCCCCUCACCCCCCGGGGCCCGCGCCAUGUGGCUGGCCGCCUCGAUCCCAGUGCUCCUUGGGGGGAGUUCCUGUUGCCCCCUGACCCCCCAGGGCCGGGUCCCACUACCAGGAACCCACUGGGGGGUCCGGGGGGGUCCGAGGGGGGGCAGCGGGUGCUGGUGACCGGGCUGCAUGCCUGCGGGGACCUCAGCCCAGCCCUGCUGCGUCACUUCACCCGCAGCCCCGCCGUGGCCGCUGUCGCCUCGGUGGCCUGCUGCUACAUGAAGCUCUCUACCCCCCCAGAACACCCCAGUUCUUCCCCUGGCUACCCUCUGAGCGCUUGGGUAGCCAAAUUACCGGGCCAUGAACUCUCCUACCGGGCACGGGAAGCCGCUUGCCACGCGUUGGAGGAAUAUGUGGGGCGGUUGAGGGGGGAGAGUGGCUGCCUGCGCACCCACUGCUACCGCGCCGUCCUCGAGACCCUCAUCCGCGCGGCCAACCCCAGCAAGAAGCGCCCAGGAGUGCAGACGGUGAAGAAGGCGCACACCCUCAGCUUCCCCCAGUACGCCCGCCUGGGGCUGCCCCGUGUGGGGCUGGAUCCAGCCGCCAUCUCGCUGGACUCGGAGGCCGUGGAGGCCAUGUUGGAACAGCAGCACAAGGUGGUGGCUUUCUUCAGCCUGACCCUGCUACUGGCACCGCUGGUGGAGACCCUCAUCCUCCUCGACCGCUUGCUCUACCUGCGGGAGCAAGGUUUCCAGUGUGCUCUCGUCCCCCUUUUCGAUCCCCGGUUCUCCCCACGCAACCUGGUGCUGGUGGCCGCACGGACACCCCUGGGCGCAGUGCUGUCAGGCCUGGAUGAGGACAGCAGCGAGGAUGAGGAUACGGGGGUGGCAGAGCCCUCUGGACAGAAGCAGAGCCCCCCGGCUCCCAGUGCCAGGCGUGAACCACAAUAA